CACAGGAGAGACGGUCUGUUUCUUAGUUGAAGAUUUACCGCUGCUAUGUGCAGUAUGAGAGAGCUGGUGAUUGUACUGGCCCUGACCACGGCCUUGUACGCGGCCAGCCUCCCUCCAACAAAUGAGGUGGAAUAUAAGUGUCAGGAAGAUCAAGACAAUAUUACUGCACAUGUAGCCGAGCAGUUCAUUAACAAUCAUCAUCAUCACGGAUACAAGUUUAAGUUUGUUUCACUGGACACGCGCACAGCAGUGGAGAAGGCUGAUUCUUGUGAGGUGGUCUUCAGAAUGACUUUAGAGGAAACAAAAUGCCAUAUUGUGAACCCUAAACCUUUAGAUCAGUGUGACAUCAGACCAGAGACAGAGACGCAUGUGACAGCUAAAUGUAACGUCACCAUCUUCAGCGUGAACAAAAAAGCAGCUGUGAAACGCUACAUUUGUGACACUGAACCAGCUUCUCGUGAAUCGGUGGAGGCAAAAUGCCCUGACUGCCCAAUUCUCCUACCCCUGCAUGACCCCCAGGGUCUGGAAGUUGUAAAAUCUUCCCUGCAGAAAUUCAAUAAGGAAUCUAACCAUACUUCUUAUUUUAUGCUGAUGGAGGUUGGAAGGAUCAGCACCCAGCGGACAUCUGCACAGCAGGACUUCUUUGUUGAGUUUGCCAUUGUGGAGACAAACUGUACAAACAAACAAGCAUUCACGAAUCCAGAAGUAUGCAAGGGUUCAUGUAUGGCUCAGGUUCAGUAUGGGUUCUGUAAAUCUACCAAGCUUGGAAAUUUGGAACCGACAGUGGAAUGUGAAACUUUUGAAGUUCAGAACUCAACUCAACACAAGCACCAUCAUCCCCAUUCAAGAAGAGAAUGCAAGUCCCACGGUCAUCCACAUCACCACGGACAUCCACCUCAUCACGGACAUCCACCUCAUCACGGACAUCCACCUCAUCACGGACACCCCCCUCACCACGGACACCCUCCUCACCACGGACAUCCACCCUCCCACGGACAUUCACAUCGCCCAAAACAUGCAGGCCAUGGCCAUAAGGACAAAACACCUGGUCACAGGGGACGGCCUGAACACUCACACCACCCUGAGAAAGACAUACAUUGUCCAAAAGUCCCAUCAGGGAUUCCAGGAUCUGCAUCUGAGGGACACCAUGAAUUUCCCUGUCACGGUUUUGUAAAAAUACCCCCCUCUAUUUAUCCGAUCUGUCCGUUUCCUCCACCACAUCACUGCAGGGGACCUCCAGACUUUGUACCACCACAUACCCAGUGAUUAACCGGUUAUACUUCAUGGUCGUCUUUAAAACUAUGAAACAUCGGAGUAUUGUUCUAUAGAGAUAUUCAGUUGUGUGAGACACAAUAAAUAUUCUUCAUUCAA